AUGGCAGUCAAGUGGACUGGUGGACAUUCUUCUCCUAUUCUCUGCCUGAAUGCAAGUCAAGAAGGGCUCGUGGCUUCUGGAGCAGAAGGUGGAGAUCUCAUGGUUUGGGGUGAAGAUGGGACUCUUUUAGGACACACGUGCUUCCGAGGGGUAGAGGAUGUUACCAACGUCUUAUUUUCUCCAUCCUGUCCCACCAAACUCUAUGCUUCACAUGGAGAAACCAUUAGCAUACUGGAUGUCAGGUCUCUUAAGGAACCCUUGGACGAUUUUCAUGUGAAUGAAGAAGAAAUCAACUGUCUUUCAUUAAAUGAAACUGAAAACCUGCUGGCUUCUGCUGAUGACUCUGGAACAAUCAAAAUCCUAGACCUGGAAAAUAAGAAAAUUAGCAGAUCACUGAAGAGACAUUCCAAUAUCUGUUCCUCUGUAGCUUUUCGUCCUCAAAGGCCUCAGAGCCUGGUGUCAUGUGGACUGGAUAUGCAGGUGAUGCUGUGGAACCUUCGGAAAGCCCGGCCACUCUGGAUUACAAAUUUACAGGAGGAUGAAACAGAAGAAAUGGAAAGUCCACAAUCACCUGGUCAGCUUUUAAACCCUGCCUUAGCCCACUCUGUGUCUGUGGCAUCGUGUGGCAAUGUUUUUAGUUGCGGUGCAGAAGAUGGUAAGGUUCGAAUCUUUAGGGUGAUGGGAGUCAAGUGUGAACAGGAACUGGGAUUUAAGGGCCAUACUUUGGGGGUUUCCCAAGUCUGCUUUCUGCGAGAAUCCUAUUUGCUGCUUACUGGAGGGAAUGAUGGAAAGAUAAAGCUGUGGGAUGUAAGCAGUGAAAUUGAAAAAAAACAUAAGAGUCCAACCAAACAUACUCACAGGAAGAAAACCAAAAGGGCAACUUACACCAAGCAAGGUGGAAACACUCUUGCUUUAGUAACAGGUGAAGAUGAACAUGGCAAAAUUUUACCAAAGUUAAGUAUUGAACAUGGAGAAAAAGUGAACUGGCUGUUAAGUACAAAAAUAAAAGGGUAUCAAAAUAUAUUGGUAGCUGAUCAAACUAGUUGUAUAUCAGUGUAUCCCUUAAAAGAAUUUUAA